GUCAAGCACCAACAGCAAUUUACGAGUAAGGAGGACCUGAUAAACGCACUGAAUCGCCAACACGGAGAGCUAUUUGAAGACGAAACCCGCGAACAAUAUCUCCUUUUUACCUCCGUCCCACUGCCGCAAGCCUCUGCCUUGAGCCAUGAACAAAGUCGAGUGAGCAAGUUUUGCAGACUCUCUUUCGAUGUUGCAACAGGGACUUUAGUGGCCAAAGUGAUGCCAAGUUGCGUGUAUGAGAUCCCAUAUGGGACCAUGACUGUCACUUUCGGUAAUUGGAGAAAAGAAGCCGAUUCCUGUUUUAGUCCAACACUUCAAGCUCCAAAUCCGCCUUUGACCUUUGUUGUUGAGACGGGCCUAACAGAGUCAGCGGGACACCUGAGGCUCGACGCACGAGGAUGA